AUGGCCUACGUGCGACUGAAGGACCACUUCACGAACAUCUCCAUCGUUUCUGUAAACGCACCAACUUCAGCUACCGAACAGCGUGAUAAGGAGACGUUUUAUUCGCAGCUGCAAGCGUUAUUUGGACGAUUCCCUCGCCGCGAUCUGCUGAUUGUUGCCGGAGAUUGGAAGGGUCGCACUGGACCCGGCAACUCCACAAAUAGUCAUCUUAUUGGCCGCUUUGGUCUGGGUUCUCGAUGUGAAGAUGGCUUCCUGCAUUGCAAUAAACAUCUGCUGAUUUGGUAUUCAGACGACGGUCAUAUGGCCAGUCAGGUUGACUACAUUCUAGUCACCCCAAGGUUCCGCAGCUGGGUUCACGAUACCAGAUCGAUGUGUGGUGCUGAGACUGACAACACCCAUGGGUCGGACCAAGUCCUCGUUCGUACACGCUUGAAAGUUAACCUCUCAUCCGCGCCAAGAAUUCUACGUCCUGGACGCAUCGAUGUCACAGAAAUCCAGAAAACCAACACUGCCGAAGCCCUGAGCCGAGAAAUCUGGUCCUAUUUUACGACCCGAGCCGACAGAGUAGGCAGUAAGCAGUGGUGGUCACUGAAAACGUCUGUCUAUGGUGUAGCCGAGAAGAUCCUUGGAUAUGACCAGCGACGCCGCAAUGAUUGGCUCAGCGGAGGAGCCCUGCAGUUGUCUACUCGAACGACUUGGGCCAGGUUGCGUAAUGAUGAGUCCUUCCGCCAACUUCGAAAGAUGACAGCAAAGUCGGUCAGAGAUGACCGGAAGCAGUAUUGGGCUGAAAUAGCGACCUCCAUUGAACAGGCCUCCUAA